CUGCAGUGUGCCACAUGAGCCAGCCGCUGAUUCAGAAAAGAUGUUUUCCAUGAAGGUCGCGUGCCUGCUCCUGAGUGUGGUCAGCACAGGAUGGACGACAGACACUGGUGACGGUGAAUUUUUAGCAGAAGGAGGAGGCGUGCGUGGCCCGAGAGUUGUGGAGAAGCUUCCAUCCACCUGCAAAGAGGCGGACUGGCCCUUCUGUUCGGAUGACGACUGGUACCAGAAAUGCCCUUCCGGCUGCAGGAUGAAAGGGUUGAUUGAUGAAGUUAAUCAAGAUUUUACCAACAGAAUAAAUAAACUCAAAAACUCACUAUCUGAUUUCCAAAAGAACAAUAAGGAUUCUCAUUCGCUAACCAGGAACUUAAUGGAGUAUUUGAGAGGGGACCUUGCCAAAGCCAACAACAAUGACAAUACAUACAACCAAGUGUCGGAAGAUCUGAGGAGCAGAAUCGAGAUCCUGAAGCGCAAGGUCAUAGAGAAAGCACAACAGAUCCAGCUACUGCAGAACAAUGUCAGAGCUCAGCUGAUAGACAUGAAACGCCUGGAGGUGGACAUUGACAUCAAGAUCCGGUCUUGCACAGGGUCGUGCAGCCGGGCUUUAGUGCGCGAGUUAGAUCUGAAGGACUACGACGAUCAGCAGAGGCAGCUGGAGCAGGUGCUUGCCAAAGACCUGCUUCCAUCCAGAGACCGGCAGUACUUGCCCGUGUUGAAAAUGAGUCCAGUCCCAGACCUGAUCCCAGGGAACUUCAAGAGCCAGCUGCAGAGCGCCCCGCCCGAGUGGAAGGCCUUAACAGAGAUGAAGCAGAUGCAGAUGGAGCUCAUGGGGACUGGGAGGGAUGCGACCCGCGGAGACGAGGCAAAUCGUGGGAUAGGGUCGGUGGCAGAAAACCCCCGGAACCCGAGGCCUGGUGCUGAUGCUGGACCCUGGCAACCUGGAUACCUUGGGCCCGGAGGUGAUGCGCAUCCGACCCCUGGGACCACUGGAUCGGAUGGUGCACCCUGGCACUCUGGGAGCUCUGGACACGAGAGUUUCAGGCCAGACAGCCCCAGCCACGGGAACAUCAAGCCGACCAACCCCAACUGGGGCGCAUUUGAAGAGGCAUCGGAAAGCAACAGCCCGGCGGCCAAGAGAGAAUUCCACACGGGGAAACUGGUCACCUCUAAAGGAGACAAAGAGCUCCUGAUCGGCAGCGAGAAGGUCACGUCCACCGGCACCAGCACCACCACCCGUCGUUCCUGCUCCAAAACUGUCACCAAGACCGUGGUGGGUCCCGACGGCCGCCGAGAAGUGACCAAGGAGGUGGUCCACUCGGAAGAUGGGUCUGACUGCGGGGACCCCUUUGGGGGAGAGCCGACGCACACCUUCACCGGCAGCCUGGACGAAUUUGAGCUGAGGCACCCAGGUGCCUCCUCCUUCUUCCAGCCGGGUCUGCUCUCGCCUUCCCUCAAGGAGUUCGGCAGUAAGGCCCAGUGGCGGGACUCCGAGUCCAGCAUCUUCACGGACAUCGACGCCCCUGACCACGCGGCCAGCGGAAAGGUUUCCACGCACCGAAAGCUGGUCACCAGCAGCUCCGCGCUGCACCGAGGCGACUCCACGUCGGAAGCCAAGAGCUACAAGCUGGUGGAGGAGGCUGGAGGCGAAGUCCCGGGAGAAACCCGGAGCACCAAGCGAGGCCGGGCUCGAUCUCGCCCUUCCAGAGACUGUGAUGAUGUCCUCCAAACACAUCCUUCAGGUGCCCAAAGUGGCAUUUUCAAUAUCAAGCCACCUGGAUCCAGUAAGAUUUUAUCUGUGUAUUGCGAUCAAGAGACCACUUUGGGAGGAUGGCUUUUGAUCCAGCAAAGAAUGGAUGGAUCACUGAAUUUUAACCGGACCUGGCAAGACUACAAGAGAGGUUUCGGCAGCUUGAAUGACAAGGGGGAAGGCGAAUUCUGGCUAGGCAAUGACAACCUGCACUUACUCACGCUGAGGGGCUCUGUUCUCAGGGUGGAAUUAGAGGACUGGGCCGGGCAAGGGGCUUAUGCAGAGUAUCACUUCCGAGUAGGCUCCGAGGCCGAGAGCUAUGUCCUGCAAGUCUCUUCCUACCAGGGCACUGCAGGAGAUGCUCUAAGGGAGGGUUCUGUGGAGGAGGGGCCCGAGUACACAGCCCACAACGGCAUGCGCUUCAGUACCUUCGACAGAGACGCGGACCUGUGGGAAGAGGACUGUGCUGAGGUCUACGGGGGAGGCUGGUGGUACAACAGCUGCCAGGCAGCCAAUCUCAACGGCAUCUACUACCCCGGGGGCGCCUAUGACCCCAGGAACAGUCCUUAUGAGAUAGAAAACGGAGUGGUUUGGGUCCCCUUCAGAGGGGCAGAUUAUUCCCUUAAGACGGUUCGCAUGAAAAUCAGGCCCCUGAAAGCCCAGGAUGAAUGAGCCGGACUUGGUUUUCCUGGUUUAGCAAAGUGGAGAGAAAAGAGGGAAGAGAAGGGAGUCAACUUAAAAAAACAAAACAAACAAACAAACAAAAAAAAAACAGGUGCUAUUUUAUUAUUCUUUGUACUGUAGCUAAGUGUAACUGGGGCAUAUUAGUACUGUGAAAAAUAAAAAUAUACAACUUUGUUUUUUUACCUUUAAA